AUGCAUCUAUGCCUCUACUCCCCCGACGUCCUGAGGAAUAUUUGCGAGCAAGCGUACGAAGGCGGAUAUGAUCCGGAUUGUAGGGCGACGGUGGCGGCGCUCGGUGCGACUUGCCGUGCCAUCCACCGUGUGGCAGUCAAGGUCCUGUGGAGCAGGCUGUUCAGCUUGCGUGCCCUGGUCAAGUGCAUGCCUGCGGAGCUGUGGGCGGAGGACGUCCCAGACGACCUUGAUCUCAAGGGCACCAUCUCCCUUACCCGCCCUCCAGAUCCCUCAGAGUGGGAUCGCUUCCUGGCCAACGCAUCGCUCGUCACGUCGUUCAAAAGAUUCGGGCUGGUCCCCGACCUGGAUGAGGACACGUACCGCACGCUCUGCCUUUACCGACCGGUGACCUCUCUCCUGCCGAAUCUGCGGGAGCUCAUAUGGGAGGAGCCAGACGCGGACGUCUUCGAGUACGGCUACCAAUUUCUUGGGCCCAAACUUACGACGCUACACCUAGGUCAGCCCCCAAGUGACAGCCUGAUCCUUCCUAUCCUUCGGUCGUUGCACAUCAAAUGCCCGCUCCUCGCUCACCUAUCGGUCCAAUGCCGGUCGAGUAUGGGGCCCGUGGAAAGGGUCGUCUCCCACUCGGUCACAAACCUCCACCACCUGGAGACGGUGGACAUGGCGCUUCCUCUUUUCGACGAUGCACUGCUCCACCUGGCUGCGCUCCCAGGGCUGUCUGUGGCGAAGGUCCACCUCCCGCGAGCGGCCGAAGUCCACGACCGCCUUCUCGCCACGACAUCUCCCAUCUUUCCUUCGAUUACUUCCCUUCAUAUCUCCGCGGUCCGCCUCGAACCGUCGGUGCCACAUCUCAUCCGUCUGAUCACCUCCGAACAACUCUCGGAAGUACGCCUUUCCACCGCUCAUGAUCCCCCGGCUGCGGCCGUACGCGAUUAUCUGGCUGCCCUCAGCGCAUGUCCAAGCAUGAACUUUCUAUCCGCCGUUACGAUUUCCUCCCCACUUCCCUCCAGCAUACCCCUCAUGAUGUCUUUGAACGCCCUUCCCCCUCUGGACCGCCCAGAAUUCAUACUGGACGCCUCCGUCUUUGAUCCGCUCUUCGUCUGCUCCGAGCUAACGGAGCUCGAAGUGAGCUCCUUCCUGCUCCAGCCGGAUGACGAACUCCUCCGUCUGCUGGCCAACGCCUUUCCAAGGUUGCAGUCGUUACGCCUAUCGCCCCCGUACAACGCGGGUAGCGUAUCGGAGACAACCCUGGCGGGCUUGCUGCCUUUGCUCAGACACUGUCCCGACCUCACCCACCUCGCCGUGCCCCUCGACGCCACGCGCCCCCCACCCGAGGACACCGAAUAUCUUCCUUUGGGUUCCGCAGAGUCGCAGCUCGUGGCCCUGGACGUCGGGGACUCGCCCAUCGCGGCCCCGGACGAGGUGGCUGCGUUCCUCUCCGCGCAUUGCACGCACCCGGCCUUCGGUAUCCACGCUGCGGGCCUCCACGAUGGCGACCACGACCCGGAGCACACGCGUCUGCGCGGAGUGCAUAGCGCGAUGUGGGACCAGGCCUCGCGGCUUGUCCGGCUGUUCGUCCGGGUGCGAAACCAGGAGCGGACGCGCCGAUCUGUAUACUACGACUCGGACUACGACGAUGGGCCGGUUGAACUGCCGCCAUUACAGCUCCAGCUCUCCUGA